AUGGGGUUUUCUGUCCGCUGGAAUUGGCUCGCCACACUUUUAUGCCUCCUCUGUAUGGGUAAGACACAAUAAUCUAACAUCACGACAAACAUGUGCAGAUAUAAAUGGACUUAUGCAAACUUUGGCUACCUGUUUAUAUCAAGAUGUUUUCAACUUUAUUAAUUCAGUUUCUUCUCUUUGAUUUUUUAUCAUAGUUUGGCUGUAAAGGUUCACAUUAAAAAGGAAAACUUAAAUAUUUCAGGUUUUUCAUUGACUUAACAUGAGCAAUUGGUCAAUAGAGAAGCUUAUUUAUAACAACAUUGUAUCUUGUAAUUUGAUUCAGGUGUUAAAAGGAGUUAUCAGUCAAUAUUCUAUUUCUAGUCUAAAUGUUGAAUUUCUGAAGUGUACUGCAAAUUUCCCCACCAUGGGAUGAAUAAAGGUUUAUCUCAUCUAAUGAGACUGACCAUCUGUUUUUAAAGCAAUGCUUUUUCAUGCAGCCAAAAUGUAUUUGUCUCUCUAACCUGUUUCUUUGAUAUUUUUCAGGAGGUGAAGUGUGGUGUGAUUGCACAAUAACAAACAGAAUGCAAAUUGAAGGUGGUAGUUACACCCUGACUAAGCAGCUGCAAACUGGCAGUCUGAUGAUCUACCACUGUGAUGAGGGUUACCAUCCAUAUCCUGAUUCGUUCCGUCUGUGCCAGCUCAAUGGCAGUUGGAAACCAGCACCUAGAAGAUCCCAGAGAUGCAGGCGUGAGUGACGUGUCAAAGAUGUGUCUCACUUUGCAUGUAGCUGCCUAGCCCUGCAUAGUAACCUAAACACUUUUGUUUGACAGUGGUUGAAUGCCCAGACCCAAAUGUGCUAGAGUAUGGAACCGUCACUCCUCUACAAGAGAAGUACUUUGUGCACAAUCUGACAACAUAUGAGUGCUACUCUGGAUACUCAAUGCGAGGCUCAGACAAACGAACUUGCUUACCAAAUGGCAAGUGGAGCGGCCCAACUCCUAUCUGUAGCCGUGACAGUAAGUAACCUGCUGAACAAGAAUCAAAGUCAACAUUUUCUUGGAGUUUCCACAACUUGAAUGAGAUUUUGCCUUUUUUCUCUUUUUUUAUGCUUUCUUUUUUCGUCACAGCCGAUGAUGUCUGUGCAGACCCUGGUAUCCCAGCUGGCGCGGCAAGAAUAGGGAACAUAUUUGACGUUGAUGACAAAGUUAAAUACAGCUGCAAUGGCAACCUGAUUAUGGUUGGGUCAAGUGAGAGAGUGUGUCAGGAGAACGGCCAGUGGACGGGCAUCGAACCAGCCUGCUACUGUGAGGAAAACAUGAUUGUUGUUCAUGCGCUGAAUCUUUCCAUCGAUCUGAAAUGUAUAAUUAGUCUUUCUUUUUGUCUUUUUGUGGCUUUUCCUUUUGAUAGACAAAUACACAUAUGACUCUCCACUGGAGGUUGCAGAGGCGUUUGGCAGCUCCAUCAGAAACAGCCUCACCACUUUACAGCCAACAGGUAAGUUACUAACUCAGUCAUUGACAUUAUUUAAAGCUUUAUGUUAUAAGUUUUGUUGUUAAUCAAAUUAUCAAAACAUCUGCCUGUUUUACAUGAAUAGUACAUGCGAGCAGUGAGGCCGAUGCCCAUCUUUAUAACUAAAAGCAAUUAAUGUGCUUUUUAAUGACAUACCACAAACAGCCAGAAAAAUGAAGGUGCUAACUGGACCCAAAAAAUGUUCCUUAGAGUGGUGAACCCAAAAUAAUCUUUUUCAUUAAAGUUCUCUAAAGAAUUAAAUAAUUUUCCCAAAUGCUUCUUUAGAGAGCCGACAAAGGUUCUAUCAAAAACAUCAACAAAUGGUUCUUUGAAUACAAUAAAUGAUGCUCUGAAGAACUUUAGGAAAAAGGUUCUCAAUGGACCCUUUUUUUUUUGCCCAAAAUGUUUCAAUAAAGAAUCCUUUUCUGAUGGUUUCAGAUAUGGUUUCAAUAUUAUUUUCAGUCUAUUUCAUAAAUGUCAAAAAAUUGCCUUACAUGAGCUUCAACCACCAAAAAUGUGAAUAUGACAUAGACUUGAAACUAAUAUUUUCAUUGUUUGUUCAGAUGACACACAGGAGGGGAGGAUAAUCAGGAUAACAAAAAAUGGGACCCUUAACAUUUACAUCGCAGUGGAUGUUUCUGAGAGUAUUGAGAAGGAUGAAUUUGAAAAUGCCAGGAAUGCUGUUUUGCAACUUAUCAGAAAGGUAAGACACAAGCAAAUUUUAUUUUUGAAAGAAAAUGAGAGAAACAACCCUCGAAAUAAAUCAGCGCUUAUCCAAAAUGGAGGAUAAUUACCAUUUUAAGGGAUAGGCUGCCCACAAUAAACAGAAUUUGCAAACAGUCAGCAACAAAGUGUUGGGGUUGGGGAUGCUUGUUUGAUGAUAAUUGGUAGUGCUGAUAGUGUGCUCAGUUUGAAAGGAUGCACAAGGGGUGAAAACACAGACUGCAGCUGAUGGAUGCUGGCAAUAAAUCUUCACCGCUUGAUCAAUGAAUUUAGCUCGCGGGGAAAAAAUAAGUUGUAUUAGAAGUGACAGUAAAAGGAAAGUAUUUGGUACUGAUCAGAGUAAAUACUGAGAAACUGAAGCACACUUGCAGUAAAUCAGCAGUCAGUCACUAUCCUGAUCCUGAUGAGACCUUUUAAUAAUGUGACAGUUUUUGAAUAAUUAAUUGUUGAUAAUUUGUUUUAUUAUUGAUUAAUUAUUUGACUGAUUUGUUUGUUGCUCUUUGGGUCACCACCAACAUCUUGAUUUUUUUUCAUUAGGUUCUGGUUUUAAUUCUUUUAAGUCUUUGUUUUGAGCUUUAAUUUAGUCAGUGAUUUUUUUUAUGCUAGUAUUUUUAUUUCUUUUGGGAGAAUGUUUAGUUUCAGUUUGCUCUGUUUUGGUUCUAGUAUCAGAUUUUCUUUCUUUUUUUUCUUUAUUCUAAUACCUUUUUAGAGGAAAGAAUAAAAUGGUGCAGAGAAGUUAUUAGGGAGAAAAAACUCAAGAUAUCAUACAGUUUUAAAAAUGUGUUAAAACACAAAUGAUGGACAACUAUAGAAAGAUGUGUUUCCAUGUGUUUGUUUAUCCCUGUCUUCACUCUGUAAUACUCUCCAUGGGUUUGCAGACACAGCAGGUUUUGGGUUGUAUCUGUCAUGAUAAAAAAUCUGUUAGGAAAGGUGUUUUUUGCACUUGUAUUUAAAGUUCGAGCUGACAGAUGAAGUCUUUUAUAUCAUCUGACACACUUUUAGAAGCACAUUUGGCGCAGCACACUCUUUGCAUGUACAAACAGAAUCUCAUCCCACUUGGCCGCCAACAGCCCAUUAGGAGUAAAUUUAAUCAUGAAUUACCCCGUCAUAAUCUUGACUGAUGCUUCUUGGCGAGGGCCUCUUGGCUAGUUGUCAAUGCACACUGCAGGAUUCUCUUUCUGCUGAUAAAUGUAUUGAUUUCUCCACAUAAUAACAACCAUAAGCAGUUUGGUGCAUACAGAGGUGUUACUGUAACAAAAUAUGUAAGAGCAGCUCCACAAGUUUAGAUGCAUUCAGAAAAAGUGUUUAAAGAUUUUGUAAUGCUGUUCGUUUGUAUUUAACUGCUAUGUUAUUUUCCCACAGAUUGCAUCCUUCAGCGUGACUCCAAACUAUGAUAUCAUCUUUUUUUCAUCUGAAGUCCAGGAGGUUGUCAAUAUUCUUGACGCUUUUGGUGGCAAUGUUCAACAAGAAAGCAGCGUGACUAAAUUGAAAGAUUUUCAGAUAGGCGGUGAGUCAAGCUUGACCACAUUUCAGACAUCUUUGAUAAAUAAACAGUUGAUGGAUUUCUUGUUUCAUGCUGUGUGUUUUGACUUAAAGACAGAAACGCGGGAACAGAUUUGAACCUUGCCUUUACAACCUUCUUGGAGCGUAUGGCCAUCAUUAAGCAACGAGUUGGAGAUGAAGCUUUCAAGGAACAUCGUCACGUCAUUCUUAUGUUUACAGACGGUGAUUUUUUUCCUCUUGUUGUAUUUUACAAACAAUUCGAAAAAUUAACUUAAAAAAAACAAGAUGAUGUAUCAUGUGUUUCUAUUUUGGAUCUAAAGGUGGUGACAGACUAGCUUUGUAAUGACAUACAGUUUAUGCAUUUUCCAAAAUCAAGCUAUCCCUUUAAUUUGUUAAAAAUGAUCAAUUUAGUCAUUUUUUUUUUCUUACCACUGGUUGACUAAGCAUGUGAGAGAAUUUGAUUUAGCACCUAUUUAAGCAUUUUACCACAAUGUCUUUUUUUUCCUCACAGGGGCUUAUAACAUGGGUGGCUCACCUCGGUACACAGUGAAAAAUAUUAAAGACAUGGUUUACAUGAACCAAGCAGAAGGAACGAACGCUCAGUCUAGAGAGGAAUAUCUUGGUGAGUUGUAUUUUUAAGGAAGCAAUGUGUGGGCUUCAGGUGAAUAAUCGAUCAGUGAGAUCUGAAACCCCAUAUAACUGCCUGUCAUAAAAUAUGUUUAACACAACCAAGUUAGCUCUACUGAUAAUACCACAUUUCCCUCUGUUCUAGACAUUUAUGUUUUUGCCAUUGGAAACGACAUCUUUGAUGACGACCUGAUACCCCUCACAACAGGGUCGGGUGGCAAGCAUUACUUCAGAUUGAGCGACACUAAAGACUUAGUAAAGACUUUUGAUGAAAUCAUCGGUAAGUGAUCUCUGAGAAUGAAAAAAUGUGAUUAGUAAAAUUUGGUACACUUAAGGUAAAUGAUUUGUAAAAAUAAUUUUAAAAAUGAUGAUAGCUGAAACAAUGACAUUUCCCACUGAUAUAACCUCAAGUAUUUAUACAUGUUUGUACAUGAACAACAUUGAAUUUGAUAUUUGUUUUUUUCAUUCAGAUGAGAGUGAAGUAAAGGGUCUGUGUGGUCUUCAUAAAGAGUAUGAAACAGAAAACCAGAGGAAUAGGUUUCCAUGGUGGGCAUCUAUUCACAUCCAGGUAAAUAUUUCAUUGUUUCUUUCAGCAUCACAUGUUAGACCAUACAAGGCUAUAUAUAGUUGGACUGUGCAAUUUUGGAGAAAGCUAGUUGAUGAGAUCACACUUGUAAAGUCAUCUCAAAAUAUUGUUCAGCCAAACAUUUGUUUUGUUUUAUUUUUUGGAUUCCAUUAGCUGCUACAAAGGAAGCAACAUGAGCAAAUGAACAUAGAGCUAAUGUGGCAAAAUUAGGCUACUUGUUUAAAAAUUAAUUCACCAAAACAGAAUAAAGGACAGAAAAAUAGACCCAACCAAUGCCCAAGAACAGAGCCCUGAGGUCUACCACAUUUCAAAUCCUAAAUUUUAAUCUAAUGCUUUUUUUCUAAUGCACUGUCAUCAUUAGAAGUAAAGUUGAUAAACAUAUUUAGAAAUAUUAGGCUCAAUAUUACACAAGUGGGAAAGUCCAUCAGGUUUCAUGGAAAAUUUGGUCGAUUUUCAACAACCACCAAUGUUUUUUUUUUUGUUUAACUUUAAAGUGCUGCUUGAUGAUGUGUGGUGAUUGUUUUAUUUAUUAUCUGUUUCAGACCGACAGCGGUCCAACGAAAUGCCUUGGCUCUCUGGUGUCCCCUCAGUUUAUUUUGACUGCAGCUCACUGCUUCCCAUUCGGGGUUACGCCUGAAGCUAUCACUGUAGAAAUUGGCCAUAGUAUAGGUAAUGGUUUUUCUUUAUUGAAUAUUUUUUUAAAAUGUGCUUUAGAAACCUAAACAUGACAUACUUGUAGUAAUUACUCUCAAAAGUUCCUCAGUAUAAUAUCCAUUUAAUUUAUAGAAACUAAAUUGAAACUGCCGACCUUUCAUCAUUUGUCAUUUCUACUCCAUCGCCAACUAUUUUUAUUUCUACAAUAAGUUUGGUGACAUGAUUCUCCAGUUCAACAGUUCUGGUCUCUCUUUUACAGUGAAGGGAGUAAGGACUCUCACAUUACAUCCAAACUACAAUGUUAAUGGAAAAGCGGAUGAGGGUGUGAAGGAGUUUUAUGACUAUGAUGUGGCUCUCAUCCAACUAAAGGCGGAUGUUGACAUCUCUAUUUCUGUUAGGUGAGAACUUGUGUACUUUAAACACUGUGUAAUAGAUCAGUAAUAUUUAUAAAAUAUUUAUAUACUUUUAAUAUUAGAUCAAGUUGAUAGGAACAUCAUUCUUUCAAGACUGUUUUUUAAUAUCUCCUCAGACCUAUUUGCAUACCUUGCACCCAGGAGACCAGUGAUGCUCUACAACUGGCUGGAAAGUCGACCUGCAAGCAACAAGGUGAGGCAACUGUAAAGUGCUGCAUUAACACACCGCUUGUGAACCACCCACCUCACUCUAAUGCCAUCAUGUAAUGUACUGUCAAUAUUGUGGGCUUGCAGUAAACCCAAAGGUACAAUGACUUGUUUUUGUUUUUGUAUUUCAGAGCAGCUUCUUUUAAAGAAUCAAAAAGAAAGACUCUCUUUCCUGACCAAGCAGGGGAAUACUGUACAUGAAAAAAGUAUGCACGUAAAGCUUGGAGAUAACGUAAGUAUCAGAUCGUUGAACUGUGUUGUGCAAAACAGAAUUUGUCUGUAUUGUAUGUCUAUCUUCAUUUUCACUUUAAACCCCCAAUUUAUGGCUGCUUGAUGAUGUCUUUCCCUACAUAAACACGCAGAGAGACAGCUGUAUCAGACACGCACUCGAAGCAGACGGCAUAACUACAACGGACCCAAAAGUUCCAGUGACUGAUAACUUUCUGUGCAGUGGUGGUGUUUUUCCUGACAGAGAUCAUAUAGCGUGUAAAGGUAUGUUCAUGUAUCCCCCUGUAUAAAGUCAUUCUAUUUCUUUUUUUUAAUGAGAAGUGCCAUUUAAUCAUGAAAAGUUCUAUGAAAUGACUUCAAAGUGUGCACAAACAUGUUAAAUACAUUCAUGUAAUCGCCCUAGUGAAAGCAGCAAUAGUAUUCAAACACAAGGUUUGCCUUUCAAUGAGGAGUUUUUAAGUGGUUAAGACACAGAUUAAAACUACUACUAAUGCUUUUUAUGAUUUUUGAAAGCAAACAAGGCCAUCAGCAGACAAGGCAGAAAAAAUUUUGGUUAUAAUUUCUGUGCGUGAAACUGCAGGAAGGGAGGCAGGGCUAAGACAAGAUGAUUGAUGAUUGGUACUGGUGUCUUGUUGAUUCAGAAAAGCAAAACAGUUUCUUUCAUAAUUUCAAGACAAUUAUCUCAUUUACUCAGUAAAACAUUUUUAUUUUUUCAAGUAAAUGCAAUGUACUUACAUCAUUUCCCCCCUUCAUUUCGUAUAUAUGAAGCUCUGUGGUUUCUGAUCAGUGACAGACAACAUUUGUUUUGAGCGUAAUGUGGGUAACUGUUUUAUGUUGGGACAGGUGACUCUGGAGGCGCUGUGUUCAAGAACUACGAACAUCGCACAGUACAGGUGAGUAGACACUAAAAUAGAGCUGAAUGAGUCAACUUUAUCUGGUGGUAAAUAUUUCCUCAAGAGAGAAAAAGCUCCGUAAAAAAAAAACAUACUGAGAAGUUCUUGUUCAGUGUGAACAUCAACUGUGAAUUUCUUUCGCAGGUUGCUCUUGUGAGCUGGGGAACGAAGGAAAAAUGUACUUCAGGUGGUGUUGUGGAGUCCGAUGAGUCUUCAAGAGAUUUCCAUAUAAAUCUUUUCAAGGUUGUGCCUUUCCUCAAAUCAGUCCUUGGACAGGAUCAGGAUUACUUCACACCACUUCAGUUCUUGGAGGACUAA